AUGGCGGCCACUGAAAGUGCAUUGACAAUACACAAUGAUAUCUCAAUGGAGCUGCCUGAAUUAGCCCCAAAUCAAGGUCUGGAGGCCUUCAAAGACAUUGUCUUCGGAUCCGUUGCAGGAAUGAUAGGCAAACUCAUUGAAUAUCCCUUUGACACAGUCAAAGUACGGCUACAAUCGCAACCAGAUCACCUUCCACUCCGGUACAAUGGGCCAUUGGACUGUUUUCGCCAGUCUUUCCAGGCAGAGGGUCUCCGGGGACUGUAUCGGGGCAUCAGCGCCCCGAUGGCGGGAGCUGCCGUGGAGAACAGCUGCUUAUUCUUCAGCUACCGCGUGGUCCAAGACAUACUCCGGGCCACGUACUAUUCUUCAACAGAGCAGCUACCGUUAUCUGCCUUGGUGUUCUGCGGUGCUGCGUCUGGGUCCAUCACCUCACUCGCUCUGACCCCUAUUGAACUCAUCAAAUGCAAGAUGCAAGUGCCGUCAGAGUCGGCCGGCUCAAGAGCGGGACCUCUGAAGCUUAUUGCAUCUGUGUUCCGUCAGGAUGGCAUCUUGGGAUUCUGGCGGGGCCAGAUGGGCACCCUUAUCCGGGAGACGGGCGGCGGUGCUGCGUGGUUCGGAGGGUACGAAGGGGUAUCAGCGCUCUUUCGCUCAUACCAUCAGUCACCCUUGACAGCCGAGUCGUCUGGAAGUGAAUCAAUUACUCUUCCUCUUCAUCAACAGAUGCUUGCAGGGGCAGCAGCCGGUGUGAGCUAUAAUUUUCUUUUUUAUCCUGCGGACACCAUCAAGUCAAGACUACAAACAGAAGACAUCCACAAUACAUCUCUCGGCAAACGUCAGACGUUCGGAGGUGCCGCCAGGGCGCUGUGGCAGCAGCAAGGGCUUCGCGGCCUAUACCGAGGCUGUGGUAUCACCUGCGCGCGCUCUGCGCCCAGCUCAGCUUUUAUUUUUACAGUAUUCGAGGGCCUACGGAGUCAUUUUGGCUAA